UGGGGGGUCUCAGGUGGGAGCUCGCGGCGCGGCGACACCUGAGACACGCAGUUUGGAAAACUUCUACCACCGAAGAAGAAGAAGAAGAAGAAGAAGAAGAAGAAGCGGAUGGACGCGAGUUGAAGAACCAGACGAGAGAAGCCUUGGUCCUGCCGCCUCACGGCGAGCGUCUCCAUGGACACCGGGAGGAGGCUCUGCAGACACGCCUCCCUCUGCUCGCUGGGGGCGGCGGCCAUCUUCUUCAUCUACCUCAACUGGAACUGGGUGAGCAGCUUCCCUCCAGUACCGCCAUCGUCGUCAUCGUCAGCAUCAUCACAGUGGGAGGAUCCUGGACCGUACCAUGUGGCCUAUCCAAGGAACUACAGGUACAUCAUGGACGACACGCCCACGUGCAACACCGAGACUCCUUUCCUGGUCCUGAUGGUUCACACGGCGACCGGGGCCGCCGCCGCUCGGGACGCCAUCAGGGAGACGUGGGGGAGCGAGAAGCUGGUUCUGGGUCGGUCGGUGGAGACCGUCUUCGUCCUGGGCCUCCCCGGGGGCCCGGAUGCCGAGCGGCAGCAGGAGGAGCUCCGGCAGGAGAACCGGCAGCACCGCGACCUGGUCCAGAGCGACUUCCUGGACAGCUACCGCAACCUGACCAUCAAGACCAUGAUGAUGCUGGAGUGGCUGGCGGCGCGCUGCGGCGCGGCGUCCUACGCCAUGAAGAUCGACUCCGACAUGCUGCUGCACGUCCGCAACGCGGUGCGCCUGCUGCUGGACCCCGGCACGGCCACGGACGCCUACCUGACGGGGCUGGUGUGGUGGCACAGCCCGGUGCUGAGGAACCCGUUCAACAAGUUCUACAUGCCGAGGAGCGCGGUGGCCGAGCCGGAGUACCCGCCCUACCCUCUGGGCAUGGCCUACGUCAUGUCCCUGGACCUGCCGGCCAAGAUCCUGUCCAUCUCCCCCCGGGUCAAACCCAUCUUCAUCGAGGACGCCUACCUGGGCAUGUGCAUGCGGCUGCUGGGCCUCCCCCCCACCGACCCGCCGGAGGCCACCAUGUUCCUCGUGGACCCGGAGCAUCCUCUGAGCGCCUGCAGCCUUUCAAAAGUGAUCGCCGUGACGACGACGAGCGCCCCGCAGAUGAGGAGCUACUGGGAGAGGAGCCGGCAGCCGGGCGCCCGAUGCUGAGCCGGACUCCGAGCGGAGGCCUCGGGUCGUGGACCUCCGGGUUCUCCGUCUGUCGUGAUGUGAAGGAAAUUCUGAUUCUGGUGACGGUUAAAAAUAUUAAAAUAUGGUGGAAUGUAACGC